AUGGCAGAUGAGGCUGUGCACUAUUACUCUCAACAAUUUUCACAAGAAGAGUUAAUUGGAGAUGAAAAUUUGUUGUCACUCAUUCCUUUUUUGAUUGACCAAAACAGAAAUGAUCUUCUUUGUCAAAUGCCUAGUGUUGAUGAAGUCAAAAAAGCUGUUUUCAACCUUAGUGGAUCAAGUGCUAGUGGACCUGAUGGUUUUCCUGGAAAUUUCUAUCAGAUAUGUUGGGACAUUAUUAGCUUGGAUGUAUACAAGAUGGUGGUGUCUUUCUUUCAGGGUCAUACUCUUCCAAAGUCAGUCACUCACACAAAUCUUGUUUUACUACCAAAGAAGGAGUUGGUUCAAAGUUUUGUUCAAGGGAGAAGCAUUAUUGAGAAUGUGCUAUUGGCACAAGAAAUAGUGAUAGACAUCAGAAAAAAGGGCAAACUAGCAAAUUUAGUGAUCAAAUUAGACAUGGCAAUAGCCUAUGAUAGAGUAUCUUGGUUAAAUUUGAUAAAGGCCAAAGGAUUUUUCCAUUCAACCAGGGGUGUCAAACAAAGUGAUCCAAUUUCACCUGCAUUGUUCAUCUUAUCAGCAGAGGUGUUAUCAAGAGCUCUAAAUGCAGAAUUUGACAAUACUGAAAGGGGAGUCAUUGAAGAGAAUUAUGAAGAUACUGCAGGAGUGGAGCAGAUUACAGGCUUUAAAAGGGAUCAAUUUCCAUUAAACUACUUGGGAUGUCCUAUAUUUCAUUCAAGGAGGAAAAAGGUAUAUUACAAUGACCUUAUCAAGAAGGUGAAAAACAAGCUGCAAAAUUGGAAAGGAAAAUUGCUCUCCUCUGGUGGAAAAGCAGUUCUUAUCAAUAGUGUGCUUCAGAGUAUUCCAAUAUACAUGCUGUCAGCUGUUGUUCCAACAAAAUUUACCAUUAAUGAGCUUCAUAAAAUCUUUGCAAGGUUUUACUGGAGCACUAACGAAGAAGGUAAAAGCAGACACCUGGUCCUCUUGGGACAAGAAGAAGAAGCCUACAGAAGUGCAGUGGAAAGGUGGAUCACAAGUGUGGAAAAGAAUGAUAGAAGCAAGGGAUCAGGUGGAUCAACAGAUAUGGUAAUACCACCAGAUUUUCAGAUUGACACCAGCAUUGAAGAAUUAUCACACUUUAUGAAUGCAGAAGGCUGGGAUGUACAGAAAUUGCAUGACAAACUGCCAAGUAAUGUGUGUGAUCAUAUCCUACAAGAGUUGAGUAUAGUGGAGCCUUCAGAGGAGAAAGAUAAAACCUGGUGGAUGGCUAGUACUACAGGAUAUUUCACUGUAGGGAGUGCUUGGAAUUUGCUCAGGAAAAAGGCUCAAACAUCAGCUCACUUCUCAAAGUUGUGGUUCAAAGGAGUUCCAUUCAAAAUAUCAUUCUUCCUUUGGAUAUUGUGGAAGUUCAAAAUAACAGUGGAUGAUGUACUAAAGAAAAUGAAUAUCAACAUUGUAUCUAGAUGUAGAUGUUGUCUGAACCCUCAUCAGGAGGAGACAGUUCAACAUCUAUUUCUAAUAGGUGAAUUUGCAGCAGAAACUUGGCAAUAUUACAAUGCUGCUGUUGGGAUAAUUGUGCCAAGGAUUCAGAUUCAUCAGACAAUAGUGCAAUGGUGGUAUAUGCAAGGUCCUACAAAACUCAAGUCAGUUAUGCAGGCUGCACCAACAUUCAUAUGCUGGCAAUUAUGGAAGAGAAGAAAUACUAUCAUGCAUGGGGGUAAGAUGAAUAAACUAAAGCUAAUAAAUGGGAUCAACUAUAAUCUGCAACAACUGGUGAACACAUUAAAUCCUUGGCUGAGAAAUAUUCCACAUGAUUGGCCUCACAUGGUGAAAUAUUUGGAGGAUUACAGGCCUAGAAUAGGAUAUAAGAUGGUGCAAUGGAAAUUUCUUGAUGCUUGCUGGUUCAAGUGCAAUACAGAUGGGGCAUCUAGGGGUAAUCCAGGGUUGAGUUCAGCUGCUUUCUGCAUUAGAGAUGAGGUUGGAAACCUGAUAUAUGCUAGGGCAAGAAGAAUAUCUAAUACAACUAAUAUCACAGCAGAAUCUGUAGCUAUAUUGCAUGGAAUUGAGUUCUGUAUUAAAAAUUAUCUGGUGCUUGUAAUGAUUAAAUCAGAUUCUCUGUCUAUGAUAAACAUUAUUCAAGGAAUAUGGGAGAUUCCAUGGAAAAUCAGUACAGUUCAUUUUCAUUCAUUUGCUAAGUUGCCAGCAGGUGCAAAGAAGAUUCUCAAUGCUGAUAAGAUGAUGAUUCCUAAUUUUAUAAGCAAGAUCUACAGAAAUAGAGAACCAAACUGA